AAGCAGAAUAAAAAUAAUUAGGACACAAAGCAAUUAGGUUGUGUAUAUAUAUAUAUAUUCUUUGGACGAGUUCUUUAGCCAAGUCCAUCUUCCGCAUCUCCUUUCUCUCCUACUACUCCUCAACAAUAAUCCCUAUAUCAGCUGAUAGAUUGUUCAUUGUUUGAAGUAGCUUGCUAGCUCCAUGGAUUUGGUACCCCCAUCUGAGCACUUGUGCUAUGUCCGCUGCAACUUCUGCAACACUGUUCUUGCGGUCGGAAUUCCUUGUAAGAGGCUGCUGGACACGGUGACGGUGAAAUGUGGACACUGCAGCAAUCUUUCAUUUCUGAGCACAAGGCCUCCUUUGCAAGGCCAGUGUCUCGAUCACCCGGCCUCUCUUCAGGCUGCUUUCGGCAAUACUGAUUACAAUAAGAAGGGCCAGUCGUCAUCCUCAUCCUCAUCAACGUCUAGCGAACCUGCAUCCCCCAAAGCACCCUUUGUUGUAAAGCCACCUGAGAAGAAGCACAGGCUUCCCUCUGCUUACAAUCGCUUCAUGAAGGAGGAGAUCCAGCGCAUCAAAACAGCCAAUCCGGAAAUACCUCACAGGGAAGCCUUCAGUGCAGCAGCAAAAAAUUGGGCUAGGUACAUUCCAGCUGCGGCUUCUGGAUCCAUCUCCGGCACAAGCAACGCUGGUGGUUUAGGUUUCCCAGGAAUGAAGUGAUGACGAGCCAGAUGCGCGCAAAUGUCCUUCCUUCGUUUCUAAUUCUAAUAAUUAAUUAGUGUUAGUUAUAUGUUUAUUUCGGAGAUUAACUAGGGUUGGAUGUUUGUAAUAGUAUUGUGUUGCUCUAUGCACUUCCUGCUCCAUCAGUUAGCUCUAGCCAUUUGAUUGUAUGAUCUAUAAUUACUAGCGGACUAAUGGCGCCGAUGUUUUGCUUUAAGUAAUAAUUAACUUCUACGUACUUGCUAAUUAA